UCCCUAUUUCAUUUUCUCAUUUUACUCGAGUUUCCUCCUCUCCGUCGGCGCCUCUCUCCCUCGCUUCUCUUCCCAUAAUUUCCAAUCGACGCCUCUCCUCCACUUCACUGACGACUGUCGGCAGCCGAGUCAUCUUCUCUCUCCCCAGUCAGCGAUAUCUCCCUCUCUCUCUCCAGUCGGCCGGCGACAUCUCCCACUUUCCAGUCAUUCACUGACGAGUGCCGGUAGCCCAGUCGGCACCGGCGAUGUCUCAUUUCUCCCCAGUUGAAGAUAAAUCUUCUCUCUCCCAGUCAGCCAUAUCUCCUCUCUCCCUCCAGUGUGCCGACGUCUGAACUCUCUUCAGGCUUGCAAUCAAAUUUUUUGAUAAUUAAGUUCUUUUAUGUGCAUGUUGUUAAAGAAUUUUUAGUUGAUUAAUGAUUGUGGUUUCAUGAAUUUGUUUGUUAUUUGUGUUAUAAUAUCCAAAUCUUUAUAUUUUUUGUCAUUCAAUUGUAAAAAUCGGGUUUGAGUAUUUAACGGUAUUGUUAAACGGAUUUGUUUGGGACGGGUUCAGGAAUUUUAUAUAUAAUCGGAUUUGAGUUUAGGUACUCUCAAUUUUGCGGGUACCUACCGUUUCCAUUCCUAGGUUCAAACAACUGAUUUGGAAUGCAUGGUUAUAGGUUGUUAUCACAGUCAAAACACAUGAAAUUCAAAUUCACACAAACAGGAACUAAGCAUGCACAAUCUUUCUUACUAUUGCCAAACCACCUCUAAAAAUAAGUGAUGUAUGUGAUGGGCAACGCAUGAAAUUUAUAUAUGUUUUUAUAUGAAAUAGGUGUAACCGACCGAAUUGAUUUAAUUUAAUAAUUUAGUUCGAUUUUAAAAUAAAAUCGAUUCGAUUCGGUUUUAAUUUUUAAAAAUUUUGGGUUGAUCGGUUCGGUUCGGUUUUGGAGACAAAAUAAUUCGAUCGAACCGAACCAACCGAAUUAGCUUUAAACGCUGCGUUUUAUGAUAGGUUAUUAUAUCACUUUCACUUUGCAAUCGGCACUUCCCAAGUCCCACCUACCUCCCUCUCUCUCAAACCUCAGUCUCAGACGGCCGCGAGACUCCUCACCAUUCUCGUCCCUUCUCCGUUCUCGUCCUUCAGUUCAGUGCCGCAGCCACGGCCAUCCACCCACCCAGUAGCCAGUCCUGCAGCCACCCACCCACCCACUCGCCAAAGCCAGCCAGAGUCUCUUCUCUCCAUCCUUCGCGUCUUCAGUGCCGCAGCCACAGCCACCCACCCACCCAGUCGCCAGUCCCGCAGCCACCCACCCACCCACCCACCCACUCGCCAAAGCCAGAGUCUCUUCUCUCCAUCCUUCGCGUCUCUCUCUCGCGGCCAUCGCUCGCGGCUUGCGUCCAUCGCUCGCGGCUUGCGUCUCUCUCUCACGGCUGUCGCUCGCGGCUUGAAUCUCUUCCUGAUGGCCGUCACUCACAUCUCUCCCUUACACAAUCGUGGUCGCGGCCAUCGCUCGCGGCUUGCGUCUCUCUCUCACGGCUGUCGCUCGCGGCUUGAAUCUCUCCCUGAUGGCCGUCGCUCGCAUCUCUCCCUUGCACAAUCGUGGUUCACCUUACAUGGUUUGUGGCCAGUUACUCUCGGUGGCAAGAGUCCUGAUUACAGUAAAUGUAAAAAGAUUCCCUUCAAUGCUAAUCAGCUAAUUCACUCUGAGAUCAUCCAUGAUUUAAACAAUUUAUGGCCCUCCCUUGAAAAAAAUAGAGCUAAUAUUAAAUUUUGGGAACAUGAAUGGGAGCGUCAUGACAAAUGCACUAUGUGGGAGCAAUUUCGCUACUUCCAAACAUCUAUUGAAAGGGUAAAGCAUGUGAAUACACUUAGAAAUGUUGAAAGCAUCAGACCCAUUAUUGAAUGCAGAACAAAAACAUCAGAUGCACAUCCUGUAUUAUACCAGGUAUAUUUUUGCCUUACCCAGGAUGGAGAACAGUUUCAAAACUGUCCACCACCAAAAGGGCAAUUAGGAUAUGGAUGCGGCACAGCCUUGGAAGUUAUAUUUCCAUCAACUGAAGGUAUACUUCCUUCAUCGGCAAUGGCAUUUGAAUCUUCAUGGAAUUUAUAUUUGAUCACAUAUGUAAUCUUCAAUGUCAUUAUAUAUCUUUUAUAAUUUUAGGGCAUUGAUAUUAAGGGAAAUUAUAUUUCUUUAGGGAUAAGCAAGUUUAGAAGGAAAUGUUCUAUGCCUCAUAAUCUGAUUUAUUAUGAUACAAUUUAUUAUGAUACCGUUUGUAUUUCUGCA